AUGCACAUUACAGCCCCCUCCAUCGCUUUGCUGGCUCUCGCGGCUGGUGUCCAGGCCGGUGGCGCCAAACAGCAGCGUGAACCCCCCGUCCGCGCCAUCAGGGCCGCUGGCAAAUACCAAGCUACCGCUGUCGCUCCUACAGGUGCUACUGGUACCGGUAUCACCACUGGCAGCCACCCUAUUGUGACCGGCUCCCCCAACCAUGAAGGUACUCAGACUGGCAGCCACCCCAUCGUCACUGGCUCCCCUCACCACAACGGUACCAACGGCGAGGACAACCACGGCUCUAUCAUCGGUACUGGCACCGCUCCCUGCUACAACUGCCACGGUAGCGCAACCAUUCCUUCUGGCUCCUCCGAGUACACCCCCUCCAACCCCGGCUCCAAGGUCACCGCGCCUCAGUUCGGAGUCUAUGGCGCUCUUAUUGGCAGCAUUGUCUACGGUGCCGUUAUGCUGCUUGCAUAA